UAUACUCUAAAGUAGCAUAGUUAUUGAGAUUUUAAUUCGAGAAAUGGCCAAAUUCAAUGCAGAAUAUCAUGCUCAGAGAAGAAAGAUUACACAUUAACGCAAUAAAUGCAAAAGUUUUCCAGACAGAAGUAGAAAUCGAGCUCAGCAGUUCUGAACGCUUGCAAUUUGAUAAUUAUUUAGCCGUUAGCGAUGGAGAGAAUUCGGAUCUGUCAGAAUUUCCUCAAAUAAAUUGCGAUUACGAAAGUGUGGGUCAUGAACUUUACCAUUUGAAAGCAACAAAAUUUCGACAGUUCCUUCUGUUUACUGGUAUAGUAGCGUUAAAAGGCCAGGUUUGUUAUAGGCAGUAUAAUAAUUUUUUCUCUUAUUUAUUGUUAUUGAUAUAGCGUGAGGGCUGUUCAUCUACUAGACUAUACGUCUAUACCCCCGACCCCCACUGGUGCAGUAAAUUUAUGAGGGAAAUAUUUGAUAGUCGCAAGGCCCUGAUCGAGGUCUUUCACUGAUACUGUGAUACGUGCAGUGUGCAGCCUGUAGAUUAAGAUUAAGCCAGCUCAAAGAUAACAAACUAGUUAGUCGCAAGGUCGUGAUGUCUUUCGUUGAUACCCUGAUAGAGGUACAUAUAGAGUUUGGAUUAAGACAUAUUAAGAUAAAGAAAAGUUAACCCGCCGAGCAAAACUGAUGUCUUUGACUGGGUGACCUGAUGAGAAGGUCGGAGACAAAGAUAAAACAUUGACACUUUGCCCACAGUUGAUAUGUUGGCUAAAUUGAAGAACUUUUGUACUAAUAGGCACGUUUAUUUUCCUGUUCCUGUCACACGAGCUACAUGUGUGAUCACUGUAAGCCCAUGGACAGCGCGUUGUAUUUAUAUGUAUAUAUGCCGGCUUUAUAGUGCAAACCUGCAAGUCCCAGUGCUCUACAAGAAUGUCAGUGCCAACGAUGGUUCACCAAGUUCCGUGUUGGUCAUAUCGAUCUCAAGGAGGCUCUUCGGUCAUGGAGGGUCACCGAGGUCUGAGAGACAACAAACUUCAGUGGGUCUUCUUAUAUCACUAGAAACACUAAAGCUGAUGAAACUGAAGACUUGAUCUUCAUUAGUCAACGAUAAGUGGAAAAGUACUUUUAUGAAAAACACAAAACAAUAUAAUCAGUAACCCUUGAGACCAGAAAGAUAUGUCGGCCAUAAAAAGUGAGAUGCAGAGUACACUCAUGAAGACUGAAACAACAUCUGUAGCUGAUGCACUAGAAGACCUGACUGUUAAUGUAAUACCUAAAGCAGAAAGUUCAUUUUGCUUUGAUUAUAAUGAGACAAAAUGUUUACAGAUUGGUUGCAUGCAGCACGACAAUAGCUUUGGCCAAAAACUCCAUGAUAUAAAAAUUGAUCCAGCUGACCAGAAACACUGGAGGUGUGAGAAUGUUCCCAAAUUGGAGACAAAUUCUCAAAUGUCCAGUUCUUUCGUUAAAAUAGAAUGGCAGCCUGCUCACAUUGUGAAGACAGAGUGUAUGACUGAGCAUAAUCAUAGAGUAAAGAUUGAGAGGGCAUUGCCUGGUCAAGAGGUAGUUUGUCAUCCUAACAGUGAAUUUUAUUGCAACUGCCAAGGCAUUACUUAUGAAGUAAAGACACAGUAUGGUCUACAUCAUGAUGAAAAUGCAAAUGGACCAGUUACUUCUGAGGUCAAGCAUGAAGAUCACUCUGGUCAGGAAGUUGGUUCGAUAGUAAAUGCAGAACUGACAAAAUCACACAGUCUGUACAAGGAAGGAUGGAACAUAAAGGUAGCCACAAUGAUGAAGCACAUGAAGGCACAGAGCCCACCACAGGAAGUGGGGUACAGUUGUAGGAAAAAUAAAGAUAUUCUACCAUUUUUAUCAUCACCUGAACAAGUUGUUUCUGGAGGUAAACAUACUGAGUUGAUGGAUAUUACGACUGAGAGUCCUCAGCAUGAGACAAAUCUGAAUGUUAUAGAGCCUAGUGUCAAUUUCAAGUCAGAAGAACAGCGACAUAGUAAGAAAACAAAAUCUUAUGAGUGCAAAGUGUGUAUGUCUUCAUUCAGUUUUCCAUCCUUGCUCAAAAAACACAUGUCAAUCCACAUUGGGAAACUUCAUAAAUGCAGAGAAUGUGAAGCUGCCUUCAAAAGUUUAUACCUUUUGAAGCGGCACAUGAUUGUUCACAGUGAUCAGAAACCUCACAAGUGCAAAUUAUGUAAAGCUUCUUUCAAAAGAUUAGGCACUUUGAAACAGCACAUGCUUGUUCACAGUGAUGAAAAACCUCACAAGUGCAGAGUAUGUGAAGUUGCCUUCAGAAGAUUAGAUGUUUUGAAGCAGCACAUGCUUGUUCACAAUAAUGAGAAACCUCACCAUUGCAGAAUAUGUAAAGCUGCUUUCAAAACAUUAGGAAAUUUGAAACAGCACAUGCUUGUUCACAGUGAUGAGAAGCCUCAGAAGUGCAGAGUAUGUGAAGCUGCCUUCAAAACAUUAGCAAGAUUAAAACAGCACAUGCAGGUUCACAGUAAUGAGGGGCCUCACAAAUGCAGAGUAUGUAAAGCUUCCUUCAAAACAUUAGGAAAUUUGAAUUGGCACAUGAAGGUUCACAGUAAUGAGAAGCUCACAAGUGCAGAGUAUGUGAAGCUGCAUUCAAAAGGUUAGGCACUUUGAAACAGCACAUGCUUGUUCACAGUAAUAAGAAGCCUCACCAGUGCAGUGUCUGUAAAGCUGCUUUUAAGUUCUCAUAUAAUUUGAAAAACCACAUGCUGGUUCACAGCAAGGAUAAGCCUCACAAGUGCAGUG